AUGGGAUUAAUUAGAAAAUUGGCAUUUAAAAUGUUAGAUGACGAUAGAAGAUUGAGAAUUGAAAAGAGAAACGAUAAAAGUAUACCGGAGUUUUUACAUUUUAAUACCGAAAGACAUAUGCCCAUCGUAGAUAUUCCAGCUCGUCGAGGUUACCUAAUAUUUCCAUCAGUACAAUCAUUUGAUAAAUUUAAGACAAACAGAAGUAGAGAUAUUGAUAAUAUAGAUGAGAAUGGUAUGGGGAUUCCCUUAUUUCUGAUUGAACGUCAAUUACUAACUCAUGGUAUGACUAUGAUAGAUACAGAAUUAACUUACAAGAUAUUCAAAUAUGAAAUUAAAAAAAUAGAUGAUGUACCACCUUACGGUGAUUUUGAAAUUAUUGCACAAAACACCAAUUUUAAAGUCUACAAAUAUGUCUAUUGUAAAAUCUACAAGGCUUCUAAAUUAAGUCAAAUAGCUCUACAAUUUGUGUUCAAUGAUGAUAAGGAAAAUUCCUCAUAUAUGGUACAUAAAAGAGAAUUCAGGGAUAUGGAUACAAGCGUAAUGAAUGUAUCAUUUAGAUGGCAUGUACGUUACAGUCCCUUAGAGAACGAUCAUUACAAGUUGGCACUUUUAAAUCCUAGGGAGAUUUCCUUGAUGGAUUCUCCUUCUGUUAGAGCCCAAAAAAAGAAGGAAAAUUUAACAAAGAUAGAUCCAUACGUUACUGUUAUAGGUCAUUAUACAUCAGAAGAUGAUGAUAUUCUUCCACAUAUAAUCGAAAAGGAUGCUGAUUUUUUUAUAGGUGAACAAGGCUCUGUAGCAAAUUUGGGUAUAUCCAACGUACCAAAACUAACACAAAUAUUUGCGUGCCAAGCCUUGGUAUUACAUGUGAUAGAAAGACAAAAGGAAAACAGAAGGAGAAGAAACACCCAACGAAAUGCAGUAAUGUUUCACACUUAA